GGAGGGAAGCGCCGAUUGGUUGGCGGGUCCGAGCUGCCCUUCACACUGAUGGGCGGAAGAGGCUGAGUUGUCCAGGUUGAGGCUGUUCGCUCCAGAUAUUGGAGGGUGACAGGUGUUGGCAGGGCCCCUGCAUGACUGACACACCUUAAAGCAGAGAUGAGCACUAUCAAUCCUCCCGAAAGCAAUACUAAGGAAAAUAUCUUGGAUUUCCUGCUGCCGGAUUUUCCCAAAGGUCCAUUGGAUUUAUAUCGGAAAAAAACUUCCUUUAAUUGGAAGGAAUUGGCUCUGUUUUGGGAAGGAGAAGAGAUUAUCAGAGUGAAGAAAAAAAUAUUUCAAGCUCUAGAAAAUGAUCCACUUUUUGCUCGUCAGUCUGAAGAUCUCUCUUUGGAAAAACAUCGUGAGCUGACUUUCCUUCGCUGCAAAAGACUGUUUGAAUAUGACUUUUGCACCUUAGAAGAAGCUUCACAAAACCCUCUGAAGCUUCUUGCAUUUAUUGAUUGUUUAAAUAUGUAUGACAUGUCACUAGGUGUCAUGAAUAGUCUAAAUGCUCAGUUGUUUUUAGGGAUCAUUAUCAGUAUGGGAUCUGAUAGGCAUCAUCCGUGGGUACAGCUUAUAAGCAAAAUGGAGAUCUUUGGAUGUUUUGCUUUGACUGAAUUGAGCCAUGGCAGCAAUACUAGAGCGAUUAGAACAACAGCCAAAUAUGAUCCCAGGACUCAGGAAUUUAUCAUCAAUUCUCCUGAUUUUGAAGCAGCCAAGUUCUGGGUUGGAAACAUGGGGAAAAAUAGCACACAUGCUAUAGUAUUUGCACAGCUUUAUACACCAGAUGGAGUCUGUCAUGGGCUUCAUGCUUUUAUUGUUCAGAUCAGAGACCCCAAAACCCUAUUUUCAAAGCCUGGAUUAAUAGUUGGAGAUAUUGGAAAGAAGAUAGGAUUGAAUGGUGUAGAUAAUGGAUUUGCCAUGUUCAACAAUGUGAGAAUUCCUCGGGAAAAUCUACUUAACAGAAAUGGAGAUGUGACACCUGAUGGGAAUUAUGUAGCUUCAUUGAAGGACUCUAAUCGUCAGUUUAAUGCUUCCCUUGGAGCACUAUCUUUUGGUAGAGUGUCAGUAAUGGGAGUGGCUGUUUCGAAUCUUAAGCUCAGCCUGACAAUUGCUAUUCGCUACUCUGCAGUGCGUCGUCAGUUUGGACCAACGGAUCACGAAGAAAUACCAGUGCUUGAAUAUCAAAUGCAGCAAUGGCGUCUUAUUCCCUAUUUGGCAGCCACCUAUGCACUUGUCUUCUUUUACAAGUCACUUUUCAUGGCCUGUGUCGAAUAUCAAAUGAGAAAUUUGAUGAAGGACAGGAGUAAGAAACAGGUAGAGCUUGCUGGAGAAAUACAUGCAUUGUCCUGUGCAAGUAAACCUCUUAGUUCAUGGACAGCUCAACAAGGAAUACAGGAGUCCCGUGAAGCUUGUGGUGGUCAUGGCUACCUUGCCAUAAAUCGUCUUGGAGACACAAGAAAUGACAAUGAUGUCACCUCUACUGUUGAAGGUGACAAUAAUGUCAUACUACAACAAACAAGCAACUACCUUCUUAGUUGGCUGAAAACUAAACAGCAAGAUCAUGUUGUCAUCACGUCUCCAUUACAGUCUGUUGACUUUCUGGAAGAUUUCAACAUUAUUCUUAGCCAAAAAUUCACAUCAACUGCAGCUGAGUGUCUGGAUUCUUCAGUUGCAUUGGCUGCAUACAAAUGGCUAGUUUGCUACCUGUUACGUGAGAGCUAUGUGAAACUUGAUGAUGAAAAGAAUUCAGGAAAAUCAGACUUCGAGUGCAGAAACAAUUGUCAGGUGUAUUAUUGCAGAUCAUUGGCAAUAGCAUUCAUCGAGCACAACGUGUUACAAAAAUUUCACGAUUUUACUCAUAGUUCCAGCACACCAGUUAAUUUACAGCCUGUGUUAAAGCGCCUGGCUUCCUUAUAUGGUCUUUGGGCUCUUACCAAACACACAGCAGUCCUAUACCAAGGGGGAUAUUUCUCAGGUGAUCAGCCUGCAAGGAGCUUGCAAAAUUCUGUUCUAAACCUGUGUACUCAGCUAAAGGAUGAUUCGGUGGCAUUAGUAGAUGUUCUUGCUCCAUCUGAUUUUGUUCUGAAUUCACCAAUUGGAAAAGCAGAUGGAGAGAUUUAUAAAAACUUGUGGGCAGCAGUUCUUCAAGACAAGAAUGCACUUGAGAGACCAUCAUGGUGGGCUGAAUUUUGUACCAAGAAGCCUUCUGUUGGAAGCAUGAAGUCAAAGCUCUAAUUUAUCUUCCAUGGAAACACUCAUCAAUAAACCAAAGCAUAAUGAGGGGUUAAUCAGUGUGACAUCAAGUUAGUAAUGAUUAUCAUUUUACAUGAUUAAUCUGUGAUUAAUUAAUAUAUUCUCAGAAGAUUUACAUAAAUAAUGCAACAAAGAUCUGAGGGUAGAUUUUGCAGUAACUACCCAUCUGGGGAAAAGACUGCAAGGCUGGGAGUUUAAAUUUGUAAACUUGCCUACCUGACAUGAGCUGAAAAAGAAACAAAAUUCUAUUGUGAAACUUUGUUUCUCAGGUGAGAUGUGAAUUAGGUCUUGUGUACAGGUUAACGUGUGUGGGAUCCCUUGGCACUGUUUAAAGAAUGGUGAAAGCUUGACCCCUUGCUGCAUUCAGAUUGGCUGCUGUACUUUUCUAUGUAAUGUUAAUUGAGUGGUUGUGAAGUAUGUUGGGAUCUCACAUUCAGAGCAUUUUGGGAACCUUUUUGCUCUUAUAGAAAGUAUAUGAAUGGUAGUUGUUGCAAAUUAAUGCAAGUCUGUUCUUUUGCAUUUUCAAUUGACUUAAAAUAUCAUAACCAUUGCUAACAUAGAAAUCAAAAAUAAUGUUGUUUAAAGAGAAAAGCUUUCUACAUUUGCCUUACUAUAAGGAACUUGAUAUUUGUUUUCCUGUUGGUUUAGGAUCCGUGGUAAAUCUUUACAAAGCUUGUAGUCUGUGUGCUGAGUGUACCUGCACAGAGUACUACCAUACUUUCUGGGAGCAACAAGCAAAGGGAAAUAAUUAUUUUGUUAAAGGCAAUGUUAGGAGCUGUGGGCAUGCUAUGUUGGCGCCGGAAGAGUGGCAACACUUGCGGGCUGCCCCCAGCACAUUCUCAGUAACGCAAAAAGAUGCAUUUCACUGUGUGUUUCAAUGUACAUAUGACUAAUAAAUAAAUAUCUUAAA